AUACAGUACAGCUGAGUAUGUAGUAACUGAUACAGUACAGCUGAGUAUGUAGUAACUGAUACAGUAUAGCAGAGUAUGUAGUAACUGAUACAGUACAGCAGAGUAUUCAGUAAGUUAUAUAGUACAGCAGAGUAUGUAGUAAAUGAUACAGUACAGCAGAGUAUUUAGUAACUGAUACAGUACUGCAGCGUUUUCAGUAAUUGAUACAGUACAGCAGAGUAUUUAGUAGAGUUUAUAGUACAGCGCAGUCCAGUAUUUAGCAACUGAUAGAGUACAGCAGAUUAUUUAGUAACUGAUACAGUACUGCAGCAUUUUCAGUAAUUGAUACAGUACAGCAGAGUAUUUAGUAGAGUUUAUAGUACAGCGCAGUCCAGUAUUUAGCAACUGAUAGAGUACAGCAGAUUAUUUAGUAAACAAUAAAGUAAAACACAGCAUGUAGUAAAUGAUAGUGUAACAGAGAAGUUAGUAGAUGAUACAGUACAGCAGAGUAUGUAGUAACUGAUACAGUACAGCUGAGUAUGUAGUAACUGAUAGAGUACAGCAGAUUAUUUAGUAAACAAUAAAGUAAAACACAGCAUGUAGUAAAUUAUAGUGUAACAGAGAAGUUAGUAGAUGAUACAGUACAGCAGAGUGUUCAGUAAAUAAUACAAUACAGCAAAUAAUUGUAGUAACUGAUACAGUACAUCAGAGUAUUUAGUUAAUGACACAGUAUAACAGAGUAUGUAGUAACUGAUUCAGUACUGCAGCGUUUUCAGUCAUUGAUACAGUACAGCAGAGUAUUUAGUUAAUGACACAGUAUAACAAAUUAUUUAGUAAAACUCGCAGAAGCAUUGGACAAACCAGUAAUUACAUUUGCUCGAAGGUGCUCUUGUAUAUCUGCAAUCCGGUGUCAUUAUAGUGUGGUAAAGGGACAUGCGAUAAAGAACUAUGUGGCCCACCUAUGUGGAGGGGUCGCAUGGGACAUUGGGGUCUAUGUACUGUACUAAGCUUUGGAGAGAGUUAAAGUGGACUGAGAUAAUUUACCAGCCAAUCAGCUCCUAACUGUCAUGCUACAAAAAUGACGGGAGCUGAUUGGCUGCUACUUUAUCUCCGUCUACUUUUAACUCUCUCCGAGGCUUAAUAAAUAGACCCUAAUAUCUUUUAGAAAUAAUGUAAUCUAGUUUCUGCAUUUUAACUGGGAUGGUCAAUAACAGACAAUAUCAGACUGAUGUUCUAAAAUGUGUAAAAAUACAUUGAUGUGAUGUUUAUAAGCUGCCUAAGUGUUACUGUAUGGUGUAUAUUACUGUGCUUCUCUUCCGUCACCCUAUGAUGCAAUUAUCCUUAACUCCUUCCUCUCCACGUGGUUCGAGCACGUCAGUAUGCUGGUUAUCUUGCUGAAUUGCGUCACGCUGGGAAUGUUUCAGCCUUGCGAGGAUGUGGACUGUAUGUCGGAGAGAUGCACAAUCUUAGAGGCAUUUGAUGGCUUCAUCUUCGCUUUCUUUGCGGUGGAAAUGGUCUUUAAGAUGAUCGCAUUAGGCAUCUUUGGGCAGAAGUGCUACCUGGGAGAUACGUGGAACAGGCUGGAUUUCUUCAUUGUCAUGGCUGGGAUGAUGGAGUAUUCCUUGGACGGACAUAACGUCAGUUUAUCAGCCAUCCGCACCGUCCGAGUUUUAAGGCCGCUAAGAGCCAUUAAUAGAGUCCCAAGUAUGAGAAUACUGGUGACCCUGCUGUUAGAUACUCUGCCUAUGUUAGGCAAUGUCCUUCUCUUGUGUUUCUUUGUCUUUUUCAUUUUCGGGAUCGUUGGUGUCCAGCUGUGGGCGGGAUUACUCCGAAACAGGUGUUUCAUGGACCGGGAUUUUGCAAUCAGCUACAACCUUACCUCUCUGAGGCUGUAUUAUACGGUGGAUGACACCGAGGACAAUCCGUACAUCUGCUCAUCUCACCGAGACAACGGGAUGCUGAAAUGCCAAGACAUCCCCCCCAAAAUUGACUGCUCCAAUUUCAAUUUUCCAGAAUUCAGCAGCAGGAACAACUGUGACCUGAAUCAGUACUAUAAUGUAUGCAAACCUGGAGAUCUGAAUCCACACAAAGGGGCCAUUAAUUUUGAUAACAUUGGCUACGCCUGGAUAGCCAUUUUUCAGGUUAUAACCCUGGAAGGGUGGGUGGACAUCAUGUACUAUGUCAUGGAUGCACAUUCUUUUUACAAUUUUAUAUAUUUUAUACUGCUUAUAAUAGUGGGUUCUUUCUUCAUGAUAAACUUGUGCCUGGUUGUGAUAGCAACACAGUUUUCUGAGACGAAACAGCGAGAGAAUCAGUUAAUGGAGGAGCAGCGGGCUCGUUACCUCUCCAACGAUAGCACAAUCGCCAGCUUCUCCGAGCCGGGCAGCUGCUACGAGGAGUUACUUAAGUACAUCUGCCACAUUUUUCGGAAGUUCAAACGACGGACGCUACGACUUUAUAAUAAUUGGCAAAACAAGCGAAGGAAAAAGGUCAACCCCAACAGUGCCGCCAUGAACGGGCAGGGCCGUGGCCGCAAGUGCAAACGGCGGAUCACUUCCAUCCAUCAUUUGAUCCAUCACCAUCAUCAUCACCACCACCAUCACUAUCACAUAAGUAAUGGAAGUCCCCGUGGACCCAGGUCAAGCCCGGAGAUCUGUGAUUUAGAGAUGAAGAUCAUGCAGCCGAGGAGCCAACUGAGGCUCCUCCCCCCAUCCCCCAGCCACCAGAACUCACCACCCAAUAGCGAGUCCGUCCACAGCAUCUACCAUGCGGACUGCCACUUCGAGGGGCCCCAACUGAAAUCAUGUAAGUCUUCCAAUGCCUCCUCUAACACCAAAGUGGAUGCUGUGCUCAACCAUACCAACAUGAACUAUCCCACCAUCCUGCCUUCCCCGACCAGCAAAACCAACCCCGCCAUCUUGCCGAAAGGGAAGAGGAGCGACAGUACUCCGGUCAGUUUGGUGAACAGCCCGGUCAGUGUGAAUGCGGAUUCCUAUGGAAAGAUUCACCACCUAGUGGGAGAGCACGGCCUCUGCAGAAGUACCAGCAAAUUAUCCAGCCUAAGUGUCCCCUGCUCCUUGCCGAGCCCUCAGCCCAGCCAGAUAAUCUGCGAACUCCAGAAGUGCUCUUACUGCGCCAAUCUCCUGGAGAACCCAGAGCUGGAGCUGAGCGACUCUGAGAGCUGCGAGUCCGAUGCCAACGGAGUGUACGAGUUCACGGAAGACCUAAGGCACGGGGACCUAAGGGACCAGGUGCAGAGAGGGAGGAAGAUCAAGAAAAAAGGGGGGAAUAAGAUCUACAAACUCUGGGAGGAGUUCACCAACCGUCUGAAAAGGAUCGUGGACAGCAAGUACUUCAACCGUGGGAUCAUGAUAGCCAUCCUGAUAAACACGCUGAGCAUGGGAAUCGAGUACCAUGAGCAGCCAGACGAACUGACGAACGCUCUGGAGAUCAGCAACAUAGUCUUCACCAGCAUGUUUGCUCUGGAGAUGCUUCUGAAACUCCUGGCCUUCGGGAUCUUUGGGUACAUCAAGAAUCCAUAUAACAUCUUUGACGGGAUCAUUGUCGUCAUCAGUGUUUGUGAGAUCAUCGGACAGUCAGAUGGGGGUUUGUCUGUGCUCAGAACAUUCCGACUGCUUCGCGUGUUGAAGCUGGUCCGCUUCAUGCCGGCUCUACGCCGCCAGCUGGUGGUCCUGAUGAAGACUAUGGACAAUGUGGCCACCUUCUGCAUGCUUCUCAUGCUCUUCAUCUUUAUCUUCAGCAUUCUGGGUAUGCAUCUCUUUGGCUGUAAGUUUACAAUACGGACUGACACCGGAGACACUAUCACCGACCGGAAGAACUUUGAUUCCCUUCUCUGGGCCAUUGUGACCGUUUUCCAGAUUCUCACCCAGGAAGACUGGAACGUGGUCCUGUACAACGGAAUGGCCUCCACCUCAUCCUGGGCGGCUCUUUACUUUGUGGCUCUGAUGACAUUUGGAAACUACGUCCUGUUUAACCUCUUGGUGGCCAUUCUGGUGGAGGGAUUCCAAGCAGAGGGGGACGCCACAAGGUCAGAAGCUGACGAAGACAAAGUCUCCACCAACUUUGAUGAAGACCUGGAAAAGCUGAAAGAUCUCCGUGCCGCAGAGCUUAAGAUGUACUCGCUUGCAGUGACCCCCAAUGGACACCUCGACCCUCGCUGUGCAAUGCCCCCUCCCAUCAUUAUGCGCACCGCCGCCACCCCCAUGCCCACGCCAAAGAGCUCUCCGUGCCUGGACUCCGUGCACACCUUUGCGGAUUCCAGAAGGGAAAGCAAUGCCUCGCUAGAUCCAUCAUCCUGUGACCAGAAGUCUCUGGCCAGUAUCCGGAGUUCUCCGUGUGCACCUUGGGGCACCUACAGCAACUGGGGGAGCCGCCGCGCUAGCUGGAACAGCCUGGGCCGAGCCCCCAGCAUAAAGAAAAAGAACCAGUGCGGGGAAAGGGAAUCUCUGCUCUCCGGAGAGGGUAAGGGCAGUACAGACGAUGACUCCGAUGACUGCAAGCCCACCUCUGUGGGCAGGAUCGCCCUUCAUCGCCGGGCAGGCUCUCUGGACACUCGCGGCUCCUUCGACAUCCCAGAACUCCUGCAGGUUCCUACCUUACGGCACUCGCUCAGCGUCAGCCCUCUGGCUAUGGUGCCUGCAGACUAUCAGGACUGCAACGGCAAAUUGGUGCACGUGCCUAGCGAUCUGUUUGUGAGAGUGGACAAGCACAAGGAGGAACCGUUGGACUAUGAGGACGACUUGGAAGACAGUUACUGCUUCCGUCUCCGCAAGAUUCUGGAGCCUUACAAGCCCAAGUGGUGCAAGACCCACGAAGAUUGGUCUCUUUACAUGUUCGCACCUCAGAACAAGUUCCGCAUGAUGUUCCAAAAGGUUAUCGCCCACAAGAUGUUUGACCACGUAGUUCUUGUCUUCAUCUUCUUGAACUGCAUCACAAUCGCUUUGGAGAGGCCAGACAUAGACCCAAACAGCAUGGAACGGAUAUUUCUGAGCGUCUCCAACUACAUCUUUACGGCAAUCUUUGUUGUGGAAAUGACCAUAAAGGUGAUGGCACUGGGUUUCUUCUCUGGAGACAACGCUUAUCUGCAGAGCAGCUGGAACGUCCUGGACGGAGUCUUGGUCUUUGUUUCAAUCAUUGAUAUCAUCGUGUCUUUAGCAUCUGCUGGAGGGGCCAAGAUCUUGGGCAUCCUGCGGGUGUUAAGGCUGCUGAGGACUCUACGCCCGUUGAGAGUCAUCAGCCGUGCGCCGGGGCUAAAGCUAGUGGUAGAGACUUUGAUUUCCUCCCUCCGGCCAAUCGGGAAUAUCGUCCUCAUCUGCUGCGCUUUCUUCAUUAUCUUCGGAAUCUUGGGAGUACAGCUUUUCAAAGGAAAGUUCUAUUCCUGCGAGGGGCCGGAUGUCCGUAACGUCACCAACAGGUCUGAAUGCGUAGGGCCACGUAACAAGUGGGUGAGACGAAAGUACAACUUCGAUAACCUCGGGCAGGCCCUUAUGUCGCUCUUUGUUCUGUCGUCCAAAGAUGGCUGGGUGAACAUCAUGUAUGACGGACUCGAUGCUGUGGCCACCGACAUACAGCCUGUCCGGAACCACAACCCCUGGAUGCUUCUGUUCUUCAUCUCCUUCCUCCUCAUCGUCAGCUUCUUUGUGCUCAACAUGUUCGUGGGAGUGGUGGUGGAGAAUUUCCACAAGUGCCGCCAGCACCAGGAGGCCGAGGAGGCCCGACGCCGGGAGGAGAAACGGCUGCGCCGCUUGGAGAAAAAGCGCAGGAGUAAGGCGUUGUAUAUGUCUGAAGCCCAGAGGAGACCGUACUACGCGGACUACUCCCCAACGCGGCGCUACAUUCACACGCUGUGUACCAGCCACUACCUAGACCUGUUCAUCACCUUCAUCAUUGGCAUCAACGUUAUCACCAUGUCAAUGGAACACUACAACCAGCCCAAGUCCCUGGAGGAGGCUCUGAAAUACUGCAACUACGUCUUCACCAUCGUCUUUGUAUUUGAGGCUCUUCUCAAGCUGGUUGCGUUUGGAUUUAGAAGAUUUUUUAAAGACAGGUGGAACCAGCUGGACCUGGCGAUCGUGCUCCUCUCCAUCAUGGGAAUCACGCUGGAGGAGAUUGAAAUCAACGCCUCUCUCCCCAUAAAUCCGACUAUUAUACGCAUUAUGAGGGUGCUACGGAUUGCCCGAGUGUUGAAGCUCUUGAAGAUGGCCACUGGAAUGAGGGCCCUGCUGGAUACGGUUGUUCAAGCUCUGCCACAGGUAGGAAACCUCGGGCUCCUCUUCAUGCUUCUGUUCUUCAUCUACGCUGCCCUGGGAGUGGAGCUAUUUGGGAAGCUGGUGUGUAACGAAGAAAACCCAUGUGAGGGACUCAGCAGGCACGCUACAUUUGAGAACUUCGGCAUGGCUUUUCUGACGCUCUUCCGCGUCUCCACGGGUGACAACUGGAACGGUAUCAUGAAGGACACACUCCGUGAGUGCCACAGCGAUGACAAGAACUGCCUGAGCUACUUGCCCCUCAUCUCCCCUAUCUACUUUGUCACCUUCGUCCUCAUCGCCCAGUUUGUCCUGGUGAAUGUGGUAGUGGCCGUUCUGAUGAAGCACCUUGAGGAGAGCAAUAAAGAGGCCAAGGAGGACGCAGAGAUGGACGCUGAGAUCGAAAUGGAGAUGUCCAGGGCAAUUACCCCGGCAAUUACCCCAGCUAGUGGCGGAUGCACCCCAGACGGCAAGGGACUUGGCGGCGCUCAGGUGCCAUUGAAGAAAGAGCUACCAGUCCUGUUGGCACAAGCCAAGGGGGCAUUAAGCCAGGACAAUGUGACUUUAUUGAUCCCAGAAUCAUUGGAGGGAUCUGUUCUACUGAAGGAGAAACGGCCUGCCUCCCCCAUACCCUUCCAGCAGGUUUUCCCACUUCCCCUCCAGUCCUGCGUCUACGGGCCUGAGGACGAUGAUGAUGAUAUCUACAUGAGGGAUGGAACCGGAUCCCAAAACUUGCUGACUGUCAGAAAAAUCUCUGUCUCCAGGAUGCUCUCAUUACCCAAUGACAGCUACAUGUUCCGUCCUGUUCUGCCAGCAAAGUCUUCUUACCCUCUGCGUGAAGUGGAGCCCUAUGAGGAUAGCUCUCAGAAAGGAUCCAUUCUAUCAGUCCAUUCCCAACCAAGUGAACCUGGCAUCUCGCUUAAAGUACCAGUGGACUGCCAACCAUUACCUUCUGCAAGCUGCCAUAUGGAUCCCGAGGAGAUGCCUAAAAUCCCACCUCCAUGUUCGGCCUCAAGAUCGCCCAGCCUAAACAGAUUCCUGCGUAGGCAGGAGGCUGUCCACAUGGACUCAGUUGACUGUCAGAAUGGCGAUUCCAAGGAUAGCCUUCAAAUUAAGUCAAUGGAGAACUUAACACUGAGGAUGCCUUCACUAAACACCCUCGCUCCAAACUUGAUCUGCCCCACACCUCUUUCUCUGCAGGGAACCCCUCAAACUUCUCCCAAGCUCUCUUCCCACCACAGACAUUCCAGCGUCCGUACACGCAAGCAUAUGUACAGCCAACACAGUAUUCCCAGCCGUCCUUCAAGUGGAAGCAGUGAGAACACCAACCCUGAUGAGUCUUUGUUAGAGUCUUCAGAUCUAGCUGAUGAAGAGGUCAGCCACAUAAACAGCUCAGCAAAGGGCUGGCGAGGACAAUCCAACCAUAGGAGUCACUCUGUCUCUCCAUUCAUCUCCCAAGCUUCAUCUCCUCCUCCUGUAUUAAAGAACUGCAAUAGCACAGCCAGCCUGGCAGGGACCAGCAAAGACUUGAAGAAGUUCUACAGUGUUGAUACUCAAGGAUUUUUAGCUAAGCCCAUCUGGGCAGAAGACCAAAGGAGGCACUCAAUUGAAAUCUGCCCUUCCAUUGAUGAUGAUGGAGAUUCCUGCUUUAAUCUGUCCAUUGAAGAUAGGCAUGACUCUUCUGCUCUCAUAAAGUCUGACCCAGAGUACAUCAAUGGAGUUCGCAGGAAGAAGAAGAUGAGCCCACCUUGCAUUUCUAUAGAUCCUCCUAUGGAGGAUGAGAGUGGCACAGCUUCACGUACCAAAGCAUCGGAAAACAGCAUGAUGUUACGUAGAAGGACACCAUCAUGUGAAUCCACGGCAUACAGGGACUCUUUAGACCUUGGUGACAACCAAGUUGGAGAACAGCCUAAGAGCGAGAGGCGGAACCAAACACCUUGUCGCAAUGAACACUUGAUAAUACCUGGCUACUCCUUUGACCAGUUGGAAGCGAACAGCUUCUCAGAACUUUUAACAGAGAGUGGACGUCCCACUACUCCAUCUGUAGUCACUGUGGACUCUAGGCCAGAUGUGGGGACUUUAGAAAUUACACAAGUAGACCGUUUAAAUAGCAACAAUACAGAAAAAAACAGAGACUUCACUGAAAUAGUUAAGAGUUCUUUAAUAACUCCUGCACUAGUCAAUGCUUCUAACACAACAGAGGAAGUAACCGACAAACCGUUAUAGCUUUUAAGGAUACAAGGGCUUGUGACAUUGACGAACCACUGGAUAGACGGGUCCUAGGAGCCCCUUUGGGUGUUAGUGUUUUCAAUAAGAGUUGGGGUUUCACAUGGAAUAUAGAGAAAUGUGGAUGGUUUGAAUAAAAUUUUUUGAUUUGUUUGAUUUUAUAAACGAAAUACGGAGACAACUUCCCAUAUAGCCUCAAUCACAUUGAUUCGAGUUUUUAUUUUAAUUUUAACUUUUUUUUGGUUUGUUUGUUUUUCUAUUUUUAAAUUGGCACUUUUUUAUUGUGCAGAGACACAGUAUGCAGAAGUGCUGACAAAUGAAGACUUGUACAAUAUCUGUAUAUCAGCAGUAUAAAUAAAAUAGAAAUAAUGUA